AUGCUGGUUCGAAUCAGUGCCAUCUUGCACAUGAAAGUAACUACGGAUAACCUUUCCUCCUAUCAGUCCAACCUUCUGGCCUCUCAAAAGGUAUUUGCUUCUUCUGUUCUUGAGAGAGGAGGUACUAGAGAACGAACACUAGCAUCUGCUUUCGAAGGCAAGACUCUCUCAAAAGUUGAGGGAAGCAGUGAUAAGGAAGAAAAACAGAAAAGCUUACGAGGUCAGCACGUAAAAGCUACGGGGAAGAGAAAAGCUAAGGGAACAACUCAUACAGUACAGCGGUUUCGGGGGCUGAACCUGUUGGAUGUCUCACACUUUUUCUUGCUUAUCAUGGAUUCCGACUUCUAUCUCGGGCCUGCCCUCUUACUUCAUACAUGCGGGCUUCCAUGA